GGAAUUUUGGAGUAGCUCACAAUUAUGGUAUUAUUUUUCAGAUUUGUCCCUCAGAAAAUUCAAAAUGGCUGCUUUGCAGGAAUUCGCAAUUCUAAAAUCUAAAUUUUUCAAUUUUAACCAAAGUAAUGAGUAUAAUUGAUUGGAAUUCGGUAAUUGAUAUUUUGUUCGUUGGGAUUUGCUACUCCGCAGAGUUGCCGUUAUCUAGUUUGCUAUGUUCGUUGAUUUGAGACAAAAUGAACAAUUAUUUGCUAUGUUCAUUGAUUUGAGACAAAAUGAACAAUUAUUUGCCAUGUUCGUUGAUUUGAGACAAAAUGAACAAUUAUUUGCUAUGUUCGUUGAUUUGAGACAAAAUGAACAAUUAUUUGCUACGUUCGUUGAUUUGAGACAAAAUGAACAAUUAUUUGCUACGUUCGUUGAUUUGAGACAAAAUGAACAAUUAUUUGCUACGUUCGUUGAUUUGAGACAAAAUGAACAAUUAUUUGCCAUGUUCGUUGAUUUGAGACAAAAUGAACAAUUAUUUGCUAUGUUCGUUGAUUUGAGACAAAAUGAACAAUUAUUUGCUAUGUUCGUUGAUUUGAGACAAAAGGAACAAUUAUUUGAUAUGUUCGUUGAUUUGAGACAAAAUGAACAAUUAUUUGCUAUGUUCGUUGAUUUGAGACAAAAUGAACAAUUAUUUGCCAUGUUCGUUGAUUUGAGACAAAAUGAACAAUUAUUUGCUACAUUCGUUGAUUUGAGACAAAAUGAACAAUUAUUUGCUACUUUCGUUGAUUUGAGACAAAAUGAACAAUUAUUUGCUACAUUCGUUGAUUUGAGAUAUAAUGAACAAAUAUUUGAUGAGAACAUGAGCAUCACUUCAGAAAUAUAUCGGGUGUCCCAAAAAUGAAGCACUUUUGACAAUUGUUUUCUCAACAACUGAUUAACCGAAUUCACUGUAAAGGACCCCCGAUAAGGAGAACUCGUUUUUUAAUGUUAGACUCUUUAUUUGUGGUUAAAAUCCGUGUAUGGCCUGAUGGGAUAAGAACAAAGUGUCACAGUUGUAAGAUGCCUAUCUGAACUCUUAGAAAAUAAAAAUAAAUCAAUGGGAGUUUCCCUAGAAAUAUGUUUUUGAGACCUUUUCCACUCAUGAGAAUGACAGCGCCCAUCGAUUUCUUUCCGAAAACUAAGACUUUGCUUCAUUAUGUUACUUAGCCACAUUCUAUUUUGCUCGUACAGUAAUGGGAAAGUUAUUGACAUGCUAUUUUGAAUUUCUUAGUACUCACAUAACAUUUACUUGAUCUUUAUCAUAUUUUUAUAACUUUCUAACGAUACUCUAUGG